ACUGAGGAGAGAGAGAGAGUGUGAGAGGAUGAUUAGGAGCGGGUGUCAGAGAGACCCUCGGCAGCGCUUGGCAGAGCGUCACUGAGAACUGGAGCGGUGUCUGUUAGAACACACGGCUGGAGCACAAGCACGUCUCAGGGGCUCCGAAGCGGCGUCACAGUAUUCCAGCACUCCUCGGGUUCUGUCGGAGAGCCGACGACGGGGACCCACUUUCUGGACUACAGGUCGGGUUCUUGUCUGUUCUCCACCUGCUGUCUUCACAAAGGACUGAGGAGCCAUCAGUGCUGUCAGUGGCAAGUGUGUGUGCGUGCUCACGCACGUGUGUGUGUGUCUGUGUGUCGGCAGACAUGGUAGAGUUUGACUGCUUCUGCCUCCAUCGACGGGAGAGGUCUUACCCCUAGGAAACCUCAAAUGGAUCCCCGGAAAGCAAAGCUACAGUUCGGCUAAGGAUCAAGCCAGGAGCCACUAGACACUCUCACACACUAUACCACCUGAAGACACACACACACACACACACACACACACACACAUAGAGAGACACAAACUCAUGCGUCCCUCCACUCUGGGUAGAGAGCAGGUCCAGUGUACUGCACUGUAAUUGGUCAAGACAGACCACUGUGUUCCACUCUCCCCCCUAAUUGGUUCUAGCCAGAGUGGCUCACUCUCUGAGUCUCGCCUCACCGGCAUGAGUGUGGGCCGCCCGCACCGGUACAGCAUAGUUGGGUCGGACGAGGACGUCCACAGGCCUGGCAAGAUGCCCGCCCUUGGCAACGGCUUUGGCAAUGGCAAGAUUCAGACGCGGCGCAAGCGCCGGAACCGCUUCGUCAACAAGACGGGCCAGUGCAACGUGCGCUUCGCGCACGUGGAGGAGCAGUCGCAGCGCUACCUGGCCGACAUCUUCACCACCUGCGUGGACGUGCGCUGGCGCUGGAUGUUUGUCAUCUUCUCGCUGGUCUUCGUCCUGUCCUGGCUGGGGUUCGGCCUGGCCUUCUGGGUCAUCGCGAUGGUGCACGGGGACCUGGAGCCGCCGCCGCCGGCAGUUGACACUGGGGACGGGAGUGACGGCAACGGCGGGCCAAGCCUGACGCCGUGUGUCAUGCAGGUGAACAGCUUCGUGGCGGCGUUCCUCUUCUCGAUCGAGACGCAGACAACCAUCGGCUACGGUUUCCGCUGCGUGACGGAGGAGUGCCCGCUGGCCGUCUUCAUGGUGGUGCUGCAGUCCAUCGUGGGCUGCAUCAUCGACUCCUUCAUGAUUGGCGCCAUCAUGGCCAAGAUGGCGCGACCCAAGAAGCGCGCCGAGACGCUGCUUUUCUCCCACAACGCCGUAGUGGCCAUGCGCGACAGCAAGCUGUGUCUCAUGUUCCGUGUGGGCAACCUGCGCAAGAGCCACAUCGUGGAGGCCCAUGUGCGCGCCCAGCUCGUCAAGCCUCGCUUCACCGAAGAGGGCGAGUACCUCCCUCUAGAACAGAUCGAUAUCGACGUUGGCUACGACCAGGGCUACGACCGCAUCUUCCUCGUUACACCUGUCACCAUCCUUCACGAAAUCGGUGAGGAGAGCCCCCUCUUCGGCCUCAGCCAGCAGGACCUGGAGACUGCCGACUUCGAGAUCGUGGUCAUCCUCGAGGGUAUCGUGGAGGCCACGUCCAUGACGGCGCAGGCACGCAGCUCGUAUCUGGCCAGCGAGAUCCUGUGGGGCCACCGCUUCGAGCCAGUGGUGUUCGAGGAGAAGAACCAGUACAAGGUGGACUACACACACUUCCACAAAACCUAUGAAGUGCCCAGCACACCACGUUGUAGCGCCAAGGACAUGGAGGAAAACAAACUGGUGCGGUCGGGCAGUGCCAAUUCCUUCUGCUACGAGAACGAGCUGGCCUUCCUGAGCCGAGACGAGGAGGACGAGGAGGUGGCCGAGCAGGAGGAGGGGCGAGCAGAUCGAGGAUCCGAGCUGGAGACUCUUUCGGCCAACUUAAACUUGGAUCAGAGGUCCUUUCACAGGGAGUCGGAAAUCUGACCUUCUCUCGAGCCUUCUGGCUGAACUCCAAUACUAAUGUCUGACAGAGUUGGUAUGCAAAGCUGUCAUUACAGUUUGGUUUUUUCAAGAGUAUUAUGGAGAACAAUGCAAGAGCCAUAGGCCAAUAUAACUACUGUACAAAAAAUGCACCUACUGCAAAUCAACUUAAUGGUCCCAAGAGUAACUGUAUAGGAAAAUGGAAAAAAUAGGUUGGACAGCUGACUGAACAGAACUGAACUGAACUGGGACUUGCGAUGGGACUGGGACUGGGAUGCGACAAAUUAGAAUCAUCCCUGAAGAAAACUUGAAUUUUCCUGCAGUAGAGUGAGCUCAGAGCUUUAAAUAAUGCAAUAAGAGACUAGGGCGCCAUUCUGUGUCAAUAAUAUCUCUACCUUCUCAAGAAGUUUGACGCCAUGUCCAUCUGAAAUGGAGUAGGUCUCCUUGACGCCUAAGUGUUUUCUUAUCCAGUCUAUGAUUAUCAUGCAGGCGGAAGCCAUUUUGGACACAGUCACAGUGACCCUCACCUAGAAGCCCUUCAUAUGUUACAAGCAAUGAAGCUAGCAGUCCCAAGUAGGUAGUUUGGUAUGCUAUUUUAAGCCCCAACUCAGUGCCAAGAUGAUGUGCUGUAAUACCAACCCUAGGAUGAAAUCGAUGACGAGCAAAAAAACAACAAACUUUGCACAUAAGUAACUUCUUUUUUCACUGUCUGACAGGACUGCAAACAGCUACAGUUCUUUAUAGAUUGCCCUGAUUCUACAGGUUUAGUAAGACACUUUUGGGGGGCGGCCAGAGCUUGCUGGACUAUUUUUCAGUAUGGCAUACCACCCCCCCUAGAGGCCCGGAAAGGUGCAUUAUCUCCACUUAGUGUCCAGGAGCAUUAGACUCCCACGAGGUCUCUGAGCGUCCUUCAGAAUGCUGCUUUCCUUGUUGGUACGCCUGCUUCUUGCAAGUAGUGUGCUAGUGAGAGUAAGAACAGUCUGCUUUUUCUUUUUUGAAAAUAAUGAUAAAAAAAUGAGGCACUGGACAGAAGUAACCGAAGUGGGAGGUGGUAAUAGGUACAAAAAAACGUUGUCUUGAAAAGUUGUAUUUUCUUCACGGUCUGUCUGUCUGGACUGUUUGGUUCAGUAUCACUGUAAAAGUGGAAGAAGUAUUUAUUUAGAUAUUGCUAAGAGCUUUGGGGAACAUUUCUGAUGUAACUGGAGUGGCAUAGCACAUUUUGUGAAAUAUAUAUUUAAGCAAAUGUAAAUAGAUUAGUAGAUGUUUUAAAGACUAUAGGGUAUAUGUAGACACAGUUGUGAACCUCAUGGAUAUCCUUGCCAGGGUUUAAGUAGAAAGGGCAAUAAUAAUAAUAAUCUAUUUAGUCCCAUACACCGCUUUACAUGUGUAUGCAAAUACUGAAGAUAAGCAAUCUCAUAUGGCUACAUAAGCCAGUGGGGUUGCUAUGAGAAAGAGAAACAUUGACCUCUGACAGCACAAUGUCAUUAAAAUGCCUAAUAUCAAUCAGGGACUAAAAACAGUAUGAUUUCCAUUUCGAUUCGUUCUGAGCAAAAACAUUAUUUUUGCGUUCCCGUUCCAGUGUUCCAAGGCCUCUCCUCUAAAUUGUAACUGGCUGUUACUGUGUUAUGGAAAAAUGAUUAAUAUACAGUAGUUCCUUCAAAAAUGACAUUGCCUUUACAAAGUGAUUUAUUGCAGGUGGCACAAUAACCUGAGCUUUUUCUGCCUUGAAGCUUAAAUGAAAGCACAAUAGAUAUCAAGGGUAACUGUUACAAGCACUGUGCCUGAAUUUAGGCGAAUUUAGGCAAAAAAAUGAAAAUAGGCAUUUAGCCGAUAUAAUAUAGAGAUCUAGCCUAACUUCAGGCACAGACAUUUUCCUUGCUUUAAGCCCUAUAAAAGUCGAAUCUAUGCAUAUUGCUAUUAAACUGCAUGACACUAGACCUAGGUAUUUUCUUAGUGUCUCUGGUAUAUUUAACACAAUGUUUCAGUAGGCUACUAUUUGGAAACAGUGGUCAGACUAUUGAAAUCCAUCUUACCAACACAUAGUAGACCUAGCCUAUUAUACAGGAGAGACACUGAUUCUUGAAAAUCUAAAUUUAGCCUAUAAGGGGUCUGCGGAACACUGUGUGGGCAAGUGAUUUCCAAGCCAUGUGGACUUUUGAAUUAUAUUCAAGGUAAAGUUCAUUGGAAUGACAAUUACCGUUAUUAACCGGCUAUCUGAAAUUGAAAAUAGUGUUUUCACUCUUGGUUUUGUACCCGUUUUCGGUUACGUUUGUCCAAACAGUUAGUUCAUUUUUGGUUUUAGUUUUUGCUUUUUGAACCAUUUCAAAUCCCUGAUAUCAAUUUACUUGUACUGUGUCUCACAGCAGCUUGACUUAACCGCUGGGGAAGGUGUGGAGGAGAAGGUAGAGAGGGUGUGUGUGUGUGUGUGUGUGUGUGUUGGAGGGAGGAGGAGGGGGAGAGGCGUGAAGAGAUGAGAUAAGUGUUCACCCGGUGACUCCAUCCAUCAUUGUGCUCUGCAGGAGGCACAUGUACUGUAGGCCUGAUUAAAUGAGGUGGCCUUAUGUAAGGUCAUUUAAAUAAGUUUAAUGUAUCCUAAAAUGAUUACAGCCAAACUUCUCAAUGUAGUUGACAAAGUUAAGGAAUUAUCGAGAGAGAGAGAGAGAGAGAGAGAGAGAGAGAGAGAGCAGGCUUAUCCUAUCUAUGCACACAC